AUGGCGAACUCAAAAUACGAGUACGUCCGUGCGUUCGAGCAACCAGACGUCUUGCUGCCGAAUACGUGGAUUGUGGUGAGGAUCGAUGGGAGAGGUUUUCAUGGAUUUACGACAAAAUACAAGUUCAAGAAACCAAACGAUGUUCAAGCGCUGGAGCUCAUGAACGCAGCCGCUGACGGCGUGAUGCGAGAGUUGCCGGAUUUGGUGGUGGCCUAUGGGGUUAGUGAUGAGUUCAGCUUUGUGUUUCACAAGGAUUGCACGCUGUUCGAGCGGCGAGCGAGUAAACUUACUACUACGAUUGUAUCAACUUUCAGUUCGUAUUACGUCUACUUGUGGCCGAAGUAUUUCCCGGAUGCCCCUCUUACACCUCCACUGCCUAGCUUUGAUGGAAGGGCGGUGGUGUAUCCUAGUGCGAGGAAUUUGAGAGAUUAUAUGAGUUGGAGGCAGGUUGAUUGCCACAUCAACAAUCUCUACAAUACCACCUUUUGGGCUCUCGUCCAGCUUGGCGGUUUGGAUGCAAAAGCAGCGGAAAAAGAGCUCGUGGGGACUUUAUCUGCUGAUAAGAAUGAGAUCCUCUUUUCGAGGUUCAAGAUUAACUACAACAACGAGCCAGAUAUGUACAAAAAAGGGAGUGUGGUUUUUCGAGACUUCGACAUACCUUCCACGGCUCCAAACGCCUUGACGGAAGCGGCCGCAAUACCGCCAGCUUCAGCCUCCACAAAGCGGCUAUCCUCGCACCCACCCGAUGAUGCAGGACCUCCCCAGUCACUUUCGAAAACAGCCACCGAGAGAGAUCGGAAACGGCGUGUUAAAGCUCGCAUCGUUGUAGCACACAUCGACAUCAUCAGAGAUGAAUUCUGGGAGGCUAGGCCUUGGAUUCUGUCUGGAAAGGCUCCAUGA